CCCAGGAGGAGUGUGGUUGUGAGUCCUGGGCUGGAGCGCUCUCGACCUGCUCACCCACUGACCAGCAGCUCUCUGGAGUGACCAGCUCCACCCUCCCACUCCCACACCUCCACUGGGCCUGGCCAGCACUGUUCACCCUGCUCCUCACUGGGGUCCCACUUCCUGGGGCUGAGAACGUUAGGAUUAGGAGGGCCAGCGGAGAGUAGGGUCAGCAGCCAACCUCCUCCCUUCACUUUCCAAGCCUGCGGUGAGCCGGGCGGCCCUCUGGCAUGAAGGCCCUGGCCGUACCCGUCCCGCAAGGAUCCGAGCUCAGGGCCCUGGGCCUGAUGCUGACUCCCUGGAAUGUGGUGCCCGUGCUGCUCCUCUGGGCCGGCUGCCUGCUUGCCACCAGUGAGGCCAAGAUCUAUAGCCGCUGCGAGCUGGCCCGCACGCUGCAGGAAGGCGGGCUGGGAGGCUACCGAGGCUACCAAGUGGCUGACUGGGUGUGCUUAGCAUACUACGAGAGUGGCUUCGACUCAGGCCUGGAGGACCACGAGAUCGACGGAAGCACCAACAAUGGCAUCUUUCAGAUCAACAGCCGCCUGUGGUGCCUGGGCUACCAGGACCCUGGGGCCAACCGGUGCCACCUGCACUGCAGCGACCUGCUGACCGCCAACAUCAAAGACGACAUCGUCUGCGCCAUGAAGAUCGUGCAGGCGCACCGGGGCCUGGAAGCGUGGUCCGCCUGGAAGACCAACUGCGAGGGCAAGGACCUGGCGUCUUGGGUGGAAGGUUGUGACUUGUGAAGGGCUGUCGCCCGCCGGGCCCGGCGCAGCGAGCAGUCCCGAACCGGCCCCGGUUCAUCCCCGGCCCAGCCCCCGCCCCGGGAGCUGCGGAAUAAAAUGCAUUUGAAGAGG